AUGGCCCCCACGCUCAACGAGAACGGCAUCCCCAGCUUCGACAGCCUUCCUCUGCGGGAGGGCGAUCCGCCUCACUCAGCCUGGGGCCUGUAUGGUGACCACGAUGAGCUGGGCACCCUGAACAGGCUCACUGACGAGCGUGUCGCUGCGGCUGCCAAGGUUGAGAUCCAGAAGGGAACUCGGAUCGUGCACGACGACGUCUGGACCUUCAACUCGCAGGUCUCGAGCCAGUGGGAUGGGCUGCGCCACUUUGGCUACCAGAAGGAGGCCAAGUUCUACAAUGGUGUGACCCUCGAGGACAUUGGCGCCCACGGCCGGGACAAGGACGGGAAGAAGACCACCGUGAACGGCAUCCAGGCAUGGGCCGAGCAGGGCAUCGUCGGCAGAGGCAUCCUCAUCGACCUCGUCGCCUGGCGCGAGAAACAAACCGACCCAUCCCUUCAAACCUUCGACUGCUUCGCCACCUCACCCAUCCCUUUGGCCCAUCUGCAGGCCUGCCUCCGCGACCAGGGCACCGAGGUCCGCUUCGGAGACAUCCUCUUCAUCCGCACAGGCUGGCACGCCCAGCUGGCCACCCUGUCGCCGCAGACCCUGCGCGCCCACCAGGACGUCCUCCCCCACCACUUUGGCGGCGUCGAGCAGUCUGAGGAGGUGGUCCGGUGGAUCUGGGAGAAUUUCUCUGCUGUGGCCGGCGACCAGCCCAGCUUCGAGGCCUGGCCUUCCCAGAAGGACUGGGCCCUGCACGAGGUCCUCCUGGCCGGGUACGGGUGUCCCAUCGGGGAGCUGUUCUGGCUGGAGAAGCUGGCCGAGACGUGCAAGAAGGAAGGCCGGUGGAGUUUCUUUGUCAGUAGUGAGGUCUGUAACGUCACGGGCGGUGUGGCCAGUCCACCAAAUAUUCUGGCGAUUUUCUGA